GGGAAUGUUAAACAUGUAGAUGAAGUGCGGGAGACUACUUGGAGACAAACAAAACCCUCACCAACGUAAGGGGAGUCUCACUCUCUUGAGAUUUGAGAAAAGAAUUCGUGUAAUAAAUUAGACAACGAAUAUUUUAUCAAUUUCUUUGUACACCCAAAGGCAGAGAGAGAAAAGAUAGCAAGUACGGUUACACUGCUUUUGGUGCUCUCCGCUUACUGCUCACUGCUCACUGCUCAGUCAGACUGAGACCAUUAACCAUACAAGUGGGAACUUUCUUUUGCAGAUAACAAAUUACUUACUAUGUUUCUUCUUCUUAGCUUUUUCAGCACAGAAACUUGCCUAGAACCACUUUCCUGCUAGAUCUUGCCAAGCUUAUGUUGUGCUGCAGAAUUGAAUGGUAGCUAUGAAGAUGGGGUCAUAUUCCAAUAAGAGCAUGAUGCCUGAAACUAACACUGGAUCAUCUGUUUCACCUUUUUCUUUGUUUUAUACUGGAAAUUACAUCCCCACAUCCAGACCUGGUUUAAGUUCUCUGCAAGGAGCUCAAAUACACCAUGAACCUGGUCUUGUUGUUGCUCCCAUUCGUUCCAUUGCUCCCACAACUGAGUCAGGGAAGAACAAUGAUUUGGGGAGUAAAAGUGCAAAGGUAGGCAAACAGAAUCCGUCUGUGAAGGGUUCUAAUCAAAUUGCAUCCAAGGUGCUGAGGCCAAAGCAGCCCAAGAAGAAACCCUCUGUUCCAAAGAAGGCUAAGGGAACAAUCAUCCCAGAAGCCAGGCGUGAGAAGAAGAAUCUCAAUAUUGAUCUUGAUGGAACAAACUUUGAUUUCUCUGGGGUGCCUUCCCCCAUUUGCUCAUGUACAGGUGUUGCAAGAGUGUGCUACAAGUGGGGUGCCGGUGGUUGGCAAUCAUCGUGUUGCACUAUUAAUAUAUCAGAAUAUCCUCUUCCCAUGAGUUCCACCAGGCCUGGUGCUCGCAUGGCUGGGAGAAAAAUGAGCAAUGGAGCAUAUUUGAAACUUCUUCUGAGACUUGCGGCUGAAGGUCAUGAUCUUUCACAUCCUGUUGACUUGAAGGACCACUGGGCCAGGCAUGGUACAAACAAGUUUGUUACAAUCAAAUAGAGCUGCAGAUGGCUGGUAGUUGGGUAACGUAUAUAGUAGUUUCAAAUAUAUAUUACUGCUCUGCUUGCUAGUUUGAUUGUAGUUUAGUGCUAUAUCCUAGAAAUGGGCUGACAAAUCGGAGUGUAAAUAUAGUUUUUCUUUCUUUCCCUAAAACUUAGAAGGGGAUGCUACUUUGCAUUUGAAAACCUGAUGUUUGUAAAAAUAACUUUAAAUGUUAUUUACAUGGAUAUUGUUUCGUACCGUA